AUGUUUUGCUCUCUAUUCUUCAUAUAUCUCAAAUUUCUCACGCCAAAUUCUAACAAAUCUUGCUUCAUUGCUUCCAACUAUUUCUUCUUUGGAUAUCCUCUUCUUUUUUCCCCAUUUAUCCUCCUUCAGUAUUGUUUUAACAUUUCCAUUUACUGGCCGUAUAAUGUGAUCAACCAAUCAAGCUCUUUGAGUUCGUAUUUUUGUCGUAAUUGCUGGUUUUCCAUAUAUUUUCAUUAUUUCUUUAUUUGUUUAUCUUCUCCAAAUACUCUCUGCCGUCUUUAUUUUUCCGAAGAUUUUUCUGAGCACCUUUCUUUUCCAAAUCUCUACUUAUUUUUCUUCCUGUUGGUUCAUAAUCCAAGUUUCACUGGUAUACAUCAUUGUGGGUCUGAUUACAGUCUCGUAGAUUUGCAGUUUAGCUGUUUUUGGCACAUUUUUUGCUUUCGGUAA